AGAGGGCUGGUUGGCGGGCGCGGCGGCACACACGGGCACCGAAAAGAAGCUCCUCCCGGCAGCGGCGGCGGCUGGGUGCGGAGGAUGAUGCGUGGCGCCGGGAGUCAGUCGGGCACUGGGCUGCGUGUGGUGCCGUUUGGCCUGGCUGGGAGGCAGCUCUGCGGGAGGAGGAGGGUCCUGCGUGCUGGUGCCAAGUGGGGCAUCAGCAUGUGGCGCAGGGAAGGUGCGGGAUGGAGGCCGUGGAGGAGAAGGGAGGCGCAGGAGCUGCUGGGCUCCUGCCUGGCUUUGUAGAAGAGAGACCACGUUAUUAGCCAGCCUCGGGAAAAUCGCCUCUGUGUGUGUGUGUGUGUGCGCGCGCGCGGCUUUCAUCGGUAUCUGAGGAUGGAGAGAAUUAUGGGAUGGAAGGCUGUGACUCAAAACAUCAUGACAACUGAAAAGAGUUUAGUGGCAGAGGCUGAGACGCCUAAGCAGCAUCAGCCAAAAGAGGAGGAGGUAGUUGCUGAAACGGGAACACAAGAAGCUUCUUUGGAAAAAGUACCUGAGGGAGAUAAUCAAUCAAAGAAGAAGCUGAAAGCAUCCAAUGGUGACACGCCCACACGAGAGGACCAGAACAAGAACAAAGAGCGCACUUCUGAAAGUCGGGGUCUGUCACGCCUGUUUUCAUCAUUCCUCAAGAGACCCAAAUCUCAGGUCUCUGAGGAAGAAGGCAACGAGGCAGAAACAAAGCAAGGUGAAGGAGGUCAGAUAGAAACAGAUAUAGGAGUUGAUCUCAGUGAAGAGAUUCUUCUGAAAGCCCCAAUAGCAGCUCCUGAACCUGAGCUCAGAACUGACCCAUCAUUAGAUCUUCACUCACUCAGCAGUGCAGAAACACAGCCUGCUCAAGAAGAUAGGAGAGAAGAUCCAGAUCCAGAUCCAGAGUGCAGAGAUCUUGAGAUUAAGGAAGGGGAAGAGCAGGUGGAGUGCUCCAAUACAGACGAAAGAAAAGAAAACACCAGAGUGAAAGCAGACAAAGAACUAAAAAGUGCACAGAAAACCGCAAGGAGACCCAGAAACAGCAUGCACUGCAAGGUUUCUUUGCUGGAUGAUACCACCUUUGAGUGUUCUCUGGAUAAACAUGCCAAAGGGCAGGAUCUUCUUAAGAAAGUAUGUGAUCACCUCAAUCUUUUGGAAGAAGACUAUUUUGGACUGGCCAUAUGGGAUACCGCAACCUCCAAGACAUGGUUGGAUGUUGCCAAAGAGAUUAAAAAGCAGGUUCAUGGAGGCCCAUGGGAUUUUACUUUCAGUGUCAAGUUUUAUCCUCCAGAUCCAGCACAACUGACAGAGGAUAUAACAAGGUAUUAUUUGUGUCUCCAGCUGAGAAAAGACAUUAUCGGUGGACGACUUCCUUGCUCUUUUGCUACGCUGGCUUUGCUAGGUUCCUACACAAUCCAGUCUGAGCUAGGGGACUAUGACCCAGAACUGCAUAGUGCAGAGUAUGUCAGUGAGUUCAAGCUGGCCCCAAACCAGACAAAGGAACUGGAAGACAAAGUCAUGGAACUACAUAAAACAUAUAGAUCCAUGACUCCAGCUCAAGCUGAUCUGGAAUUUCUUGAGAAUGCCAAAAAGCUGUCUAUGUAUGGAGUUGACCUUCACCAAGCCAAGGACUUGGAAGGUGUGGAUAUCACUUUAGGAGUCUGUUCCAGUGGCCUUCUUGUCUAUAAAGAUAAAUUGAGAAUCAACCGUUUCCCUUGGCCCAAAGUGCUGAAGAUUUCAUACAAGCGCAGCAGCUUUUUUAUUAAGAUCCGGCCUGGUGAGCAUGAACAAUAUGAAAGUACAAUUGGAUUUAAACUCCCCAGUUACCGGGCAGCUAAGAAAUUGUGGAAAGUGUGUGUUGAACAUCACACAUUUUUCAGGCUAACAUCCACUGAAGCAAUUCCCAAAAGCAGGUUUCUGGCACUGGGCUCUAAAUUUCGCUAUAGUGGCCGGACGCAGGCCCAGACAAGACAAGCAAGUCGUCUGAUUGACAGACCUGCACCACAGUUUGAACGAACAGCAAGUAAGCGGGCUUCUAGAAGCCUAGACGGUGCUAAACAAACCUAUCAGAUUGAGGUCAGACCCGUAGAGGAAGAGAAGCAGGAGGAAAUGGUGUUGGUUGGGGUUCCGGAAUCAGAACCUGUGGAACAUUUUCGAGAGAAGCCAGAAAAGGAUACUGUUGAGAAUAUUGGAAAGAAACCAAUAGUGACUGAGGAAGUGGUGAGCUUGGAAGUGAUUGAAGUACCUGCUCCAGAAACAAAAUUAGUCGAACCAUUUAAAAAACCAUCAGCUGAACAUGUUCUUGAAAAAUUUGAAAUAAGCACAAUAAAAGAAGAGAAAGAAGAAGAAAAAGCAAUUGUGGUGCAGGAUGUAGAGCAAAGGCCAGCAUUACUUGAAACUAUUCACGAGGAGUCAGCAGUAGCAGUGGUUACACCUGACCGAAGCCCACGCCCUACAUCUGCACCGGCCAUUGCUCAGAGUCAUGCAAUUGAACCAAUUCCUCCAGCAGCUGCAUCUGCUAGCAAGGAAUCGGCCAUCGCUAAAGCAGAAAAGGAAACACUAAGAAAAGAAGUAAAAUACGAAGAAACAUUACCAGAGAAGGCCAAAACAGAGCCUGCUGAAGGAUUUCAGCAGCGUGCAGAAAAAGAGGAAGACCCAAUAAGAAUGAGGAAGAAAAGAUCAAAGAGACUAGAUGGUGAAAACAUUUAUAUAAGGCAUAGCAAUUUAAUGUUGGAGGAUUUAGAUAAAACUCAAGAAGAAAUAAAGAAACACCAUGCCAACAUCAGUGAACUGAAGAAAAACUUUAUGGAAUCUGUCCCUGAGCCACGACCCAGUGAAUGGGACAAGCGCUUGUCUACUCAUUCUCCCUUCAGGACUCUUAACAUCAAUGGACAGAUCCCCACUGGAGUAGAAGGAAGUGUGAGUGAUUCUCCCUUCAAAGAGGAUGUGGAUGCAAUGGCGGAGGGGGAAAAUAUUACCUCUCACUUUGAAUGGGAGGUCUCCAAGCACUCAGUAGGCUUUAAAGAGAGCCAAAUGUCAAACACACAGGAGUCUACACAAACUCAUGAAUUUGACACUUCUUCCAUAAACAGCAAGGAACAGGAGGAGGAGAAGGGUUCUGUUGCUCUCAUUGAGAGUAAGGAAGACUUAAAGUGUGAAAAGGGAAUUUACUCAAAUGUGGAAAAGGAAACUGAGGACUCAAAGCAUGCUGAGGUGGAGAUCUCUGUAAUCCCUGCUUCACCUCCAGUGCACCUUCAUGAACAAGAGGAGGAGACACAUGAUGUUGAAGAAGAAAAAAUCUCAAGCGAGCCACUUAGAAAACUAAAUGGAGAGUGUCACAGCUCAAAUACUGAUCAUGAGUUUCCUGCCCUCAUUCGCUGUUUCCAGCCACCCCUUGUGAAGACUCAGACAGUUACCAUCUCUGAUGUAUCCAACACUGUGAAAAGUGAGAUUCCAACUAAAGAAGUUCCUAUUGUCCAUACAGAGACCAAAACUAUCACUUACGAAGCUGCACAGACUGAUGAUGGCAGUGGGGAUUUAGACCCUGGAGUUCUACUAACUGCUCAGACCAUCACUUCAGAGACCACCAGCAGCACUACCACUACCCAGAUUACGAAGACUGUGAAAGGUGGAAUUUCAGAAACACGAAUUGAAAAAAGAAUUGUCAUCACAGGUGAUGCGGACAUCGAUCAUGAUCAAGUUCUUGUACAAGCCAUCAAAGAAGCAAAGGAGCAACACCCAGACAUGUCUGUGACCAAGGUGGUUGUCCAUCAGGAGACUGAGAUUGCAGAAUAAAUAGCAAGACCAGCUGUAUAUAAAGAUAGAUAUAUAUAUCGGGUGACGUUCACUUCAGAUGAAGAAGGCCACCCACGAUAUACCAGCAAAACUACAAGGAAGCUACCUUGGAGCACCAUGACCUCAAACUUGCCAGAUUUACUCUCAGUCAAACAUUCUAUCAUUUAUUACUAGGAAGUUGUGCUUUUUGAUGUUUACUUGGGAUUCUCCUUAAUUACAGUGAAUCCUUUUUGAUUAUCAUUUUUAUAUUGUGACCGACAGUAUGCCAUACUUUUCACUGUACUGGAGUAUUUUUUUUUCUACAGGUUUUUAUUUUAUUUUUUAAUUUUUUUUCCACAUUUCAUUUCCCACCACUCUUCUGGAUCUGCAUUAUGAUGUCAGAGGCCUACACAAGAAAUUUAGGGCAUACCAAAGGGGUGCUUCUAAUUUCAUUACCCUUCUUCGUCCUUCGUCCUUCUCAAACAGCUUCUUUUCUCCUUGGAACACCUGAUAGCACAGGGAUGGCAAUGUCCUAGAAGUGGCCCCUCUUGCCAGAGAAACCAGCAAAUCAGAUUUCAGUUUGUGCAACUUGCCUCUUGUGACUGACUGAUCCAAAGCACAUCGAGAGUUUCCCAACCACCACUAUUUUAUAUAUAGCAAAUAGGGCCACCCACAAGUGUGUGUCCCCUCUUUGCCUCUGGGUUUUCCUUGUGUUUGUGGGUUUGUCAACUCCUAGAUGCUUGAUCAUAGCAGGAGGUUGUGGUGUAAUUACAUGCACAGGUAUUUCAGUAGUUGACUAGAUUAAGGAAUCAUGGAAGUUGCUUCACCUUUUUAUACUGUGAAUUCUAGAGCUUCUAAAUGAACUGUGACGAGGCAUUUGACCUUCCUCCUCUUCCUCUCUCUCCUUUCUCUUGUUGGACUCCUUGGAAGACUGCAUCUUUUUAUCAGUACCACUUAUCUUUUUGUUUUCGAUUAAAUUAAGCCUAUUAGAAAUGUGUAUUUGGGAGGUAUGGACUCUGAACACUCUCAAGUAGACUGUAAUUUGCAGGAAUCCUUUUUUGGUUCCCGGUCAUUUGUGUUUGGUGGGUUUUUGUUUCUGUUUUGGUGGGGGGAAUGGGGUAGGAUAACUCUGAAUUAUGCUGGGUAUUGUUGUUGUUGUUUUUAAAAGCACUAUUUAAACUUAGCACAUUAGCCACAUUUCAGAACAAGUGAUGCAUGGUGUUUAACCUCAGAUCAUCCCUUAGAGACCAUUUCUGAGUUUUUAAGCAGACCAUUUCAAAUGCAUUAUCCAGGCUUUAGGUUGUUUCCACUGGUUUGCUGUUAAGACUAGGCCAUUUGGGGAGCAAUUGUACAUGAGGAUUCCUUCAUUUAAUGCUCCUGUCGAGGCAGUAUGAAUGGCGAUGUAUGUGUGGGUGCAGUCCACAGUACACGCCGCUCUCUUUCAUGCUGAUGUGACUGUGUAGAACUCCCUACGUGAGCCUCGCAGAAAUGAAUAGAAAGUGAAGAGCCGCAGUCCUUAGCUUGGGCUUCUUAGCUGCCAUGCUGGAAUGAAACCAGAUUGCCCAGGACCUGCUGCAGUUCUCAGCUUCUUUAUAGGCACAGACUGAUUUGCAAACACCACAACACACUCCCCCCCCCAUACACACACACACACACACACACACACACACACACACGAGCAGUAGUAGGUGUUACUGAGAGAGGGUGAGGACUCUGUGGAGGAUCUCCUCAAUAUCAUUUAUUCAGCUUUUAAAUUGUUUCUUUUAAAAACAAAUUACAUAAAUAGAAGAGAGUUGGCAUUAAUAUUCUUUUUGGAGAGAAGCUUCUCAGUUCCUAUAAGCAUUGCCACUUGCAUGACAAUUAAUAGCAUUUAAAAUUGGGGUACAGUUUGCUUGCUCUGUAUGGAUGCAGUGACCUUCCUUUCAUUACGUAGGCGACUUCACUGGCAAUGCUAAAACGGCAGGCCUUUCCUUCCAGCAUCAUUUGAAAAUCCCGUAAAGGUUUAUACCCAUAGAGUUAUGAACAAUAUUAUUUCUGUGAGAGGUAUGAGGUUGAAGUUGUGAAUAUGACUUAAUAGUAGCUAGGAUGGGGAGAAACCUGGCUACUGAGCUUGAUUCUAGCAUAUGAGAAAUGGAGAGCUUUCUGCUAUUUAAAUUAUUAAGAAAAUAUAUACACAUAGUUUAAAAAAAAACCACAACACUUCUGUGAGCUGUAAGCUCCAGGCGCUGUUCAGCUGGAACUUGUCUUUAAGCUACCUUGCCCCACUGCAUAUAAUCUCCCCCCACAUUUGAGCACAUUUGAACAGGAGAGUCAGUGUGGACUUGAGGGUGCAGGAAUUCAGCAUGGCUUGAUCACCUUUGCUUUAAUGUGCUCUGGGGCACUGCUAACUAUAGCCAGCUUCCAGUGGCUGCACUCCUGUGCUCACUGAACUGAGAGUAAAGCCUGGCUGAAAAUGGUGAACCUUCCUUCCUAGUGAAUAUGGAUACAGGAUUGAGUUGCGAGAUGUCCAGCUUCUCUUGACAAACAAAAGCAAUGAGGACCUUUCCUAAGAAUGUUAGACUGAACUUUAAACAUACACACACUUGUAUAUAAGUCCAUAGCACUUAAAACAAUGUAUUUAUUGUGGACAGAGAAUUUGAGCGCACUACUUUCUCUAGUGCUGAAUCUUAGUACUUCUGUAGCUUCUUCUAGAAUAUUAAAAGUGAAAAGCAGCAGCCUUGAAAUAGAUUUGUCAUUCUAAAGAAGGUGUAUAAAAAGACUUACUGUUGGUGCAGCUUGGUUUCUCCUUUAUGGAUGGAGCUUUUGCCUUUCAAGAUGUCCUUUAAGGGGGUGUCUUUUUUUUAUGCAUGAAAAUUAAUUGAACUGGUGCUUAUUCUUACCUAAUGAGGGGCAUGCACCUCAGAAUCUCCCUCUUCUUGGCCAUUGACUUGCCUGUUUCUGUUCCAUUUUAAGAGCUCUCCACUGUACCCCAUUUUGGUUCCCAAAGCCACCUAUGCAGCAGUCCUUAUCAACAGACACUUUGUUGCCUACCUUUCCCUUCCCACUCCACCCCGUUAAUUCAGAUUUUGCCACACCCCCAGUUGCUUUCCUUUUCCUAAACAUCUGAAUCCCACAGUCCCAACUCCCUCUAUACACACCUUUCCCGCCCCCAAUCCCAAGUGAAGGGAAGCAACAAUGUGUGGGGAAAGGUGAGAAGCAGCACUGGGAUGUGGAAGAUCAAAAGAUAAAGCAACCCAACAGGAGGGCAGUGGACAUGCCCCUACAGAAGGAAGCAAUGUCACAAGGACAUCAUGAAACGAAAUAGCUCACUGAAGGUGCCACAGUUCUGCCUGUUAUUUUUUUCGUAAAACAGUAUUUAUUCAUCAGAGUGUCACUUACUAGGGCAAAAGUUAGCCCUAGUAAAUUCAGUUAAUACAAGUUGAUCUUGCUUUGUCUAAUCAAAACUGAUUUCCAUCUAACAUCAAAGUUAGGUUCCUCUACCUUCCUUAUGCACUAGAUGCAAGAUGUAGAAUACAUCCAGGGCUCUCUUUGCUUUGUGCCCCCUUCCUCCCACAAAAUCUCUGCUAGAGUAGCCCAAUUCUGCAGCAAGUAAUGCUGAAUUCUGCUCCGAAUUCUGCUUAUAUAAAUUAUGGAAUUGAAGCAGAUAUACAAGAUCUUGUAUUUUGCAUCAUUUUAUUUUGCUUUUUAAAAAACAACAGCUAUUUCACAUCAUUUAUUCUGCUUCUGCUAAUUAUAAGAAGUGAGCAGCUGUUUUGAAAUCGAUAGGUUUCCAGGCACUGAAGCCCUUCCCUCUGAUUACUGAGAAUCUUACUCAGCAAUAAUUCUGAUACCUGGAAUUUCCUCAGGCGUUGCUGGCGUGUUUUUUUGUUUUUGUUUUUUUAAGGCAGCCAUAAAGAGUAGAAACUUGCUUUAAAAAGUGUUGCUGGAGACUAAAUUCUGUGGCACACUGUUUGCCUGUUCUGCCCUUACCCAGGACUGCUGCAGUGCACCCAGCUUGGAAUGUGCUCCUCUUGGAACGUGUGAUAUACCAUUUGCUUAUCAUCAGGGCUGUUGUGGAAAUUGUGAAAAGUUGCUGGCUGACAUCAGUGGAAGUCCCAUUUAAAUUAACAGGGCAUGUUAGUUAUGACAAACUCUUCCUUUUAAUUUCAAAGGGACUUCCAUCGAAGUUCAGUAAAGAUGUCAAACACUGCCUUUAGUUACUUGUGGCAAGUAAAGAUGUCCUGGCAACCAGGCAGAGGGCAGCACUUGCCAGUUGAGUAAGCUGGCAGUGCUUUCAGGCUGUUGAUGUGCCACAAGUGGCUAUCAUUAGGGUUGUUAGUUGGCUGGUGUACAAACUUUAUUGGCUAGUAACAUUUGGGCUUUAUUUGCCAGGCUGGCUUGGCUUUUCACAGCAGGUGCUCUGAAAACAGCUUACGAGUAUCCUUGAGGUAAGAUACCGUGGAAGCACCCUCCUGAGCUGUCUACCAGUGAGGUGGGAAUUGCCACUUCUUAUGAGGGAGGGGUCUUAGCAGGCUGCUUACAUCCUCAGACCUGCCAGCAGAAUAAAUCUGGCUCCUAGCAGUCUAAAUUUCUGGGGACCAGAGCUGUAAUAUCAGUGCAGUGAAAGCAAAAUGGAUGAUUUUAUUUAUAACACUGAGAUAUGUUCCCAGUUACUUCCUCCCCCAUCUAGAAGGUCAUCCAUAAACUCUCUUAACUGUAUAAUAAAUGGAAGCUAAUUUACGCAUGAAUGUUUGUACAGAAGGAAGGCAGCAACAGUGACCUAUACUGACCAAAUUGAAGGGCAAAAAUCAUGCAACGUCUGUUGCUAGACACGAGUGUGCAGCCAACAAAGUACUCAUAAACCUUGUUUAUUUGGGUUUUCAUAAAUUGUGCUUUGCCAUUUUCCUACAAUGGACAAUUAAACAUGAGUAUUCUGACAAUGGGGGCUUGUUUUUUGUUUUUUAUACAUUCAAUCAAAAAUUAUUUUGCUGCAGAUAUGAAGGAGCUUUGUAAAAUUUGUAUGACAAUGGUGAAUUGUAUAGAAUAGCUAAUUACAUCUUUCUUUAAAAAAAAAUAGGAACAGAGCAAUCUUUAUAGCUUAUGUAGCUGUUAUUUUGAACUUUUGUAGUCAAAGGGAAAGUGGAUGUAGCAUUUAGACAUAAAUGUUCAAUCUUGCUACUUGUAUUGCAUUUUUUCAAUAAAUUUUCGAAUAAAAAAUGUCA